AUGGCAGAAGCUUUCCUUCAAAUUCUGAUUGAAAAUAUCACUUCUUUCCUUGAAGGGGAACUUUCAUUGCUUUUCGGUUUUGAAAAUGAGUUUGAAAAUCUUUCUAGCAGGUUUUCUACAAUCCAAGCCGUGCUUGAAGAUGCUCAGAUGAAGCAACUCAAGGACAAGGCAAUUAAAAACUGGCGUGCAUAUAUUAUUCUCUAUUUUCUGCCGACUCCUAAUGAUCGUGAAUGUAACAAUAUUCUCGUGUGGACAUUGCUUGGACCAGGUUCUAUUUUAACUGAACCACAAGUUUAUGGAAGGGACAAAGAGGAAGAUGAGAUAGUGAAAAUCCUGAUAAACUAUGUUAGUGAUGCCCAACAACUUUCAGUCCUCCCAAUAGUUGGUAUGGGGGGACUAGGAAAGACUACUCUUUCCCAAAUGGUCUUCAAUGAUCAGAGAGUGAUUCAGCAUUUCGAUCCCAAAAUAUGGGUUUGUGUCUCGGACAAUUUUGAAGAGAAGAAGUUGAUAAAGGCAAUUGUAGAAUCUGCUGAAGGAAGGCCACUACUUGGUGACAUGGACUUGGCUCCACUUCAAAAGAAGCUUCAGGAGUUGCUGAAUGGAAAAAGAUACUUACUCGUCUUAGAUGAUGUUUGGAAUGAAGAUCAAGAGAAGUGGGAUUGUUGGUUGUUGUUCAUGCAACGUGCAUUGGGACACCAAGAAGAAAUAAAUCCUAACCUUGUGGUUAUCGGAAAGGAGAUAGUGAAAAAAUGUGGUGGUGUGCCUCUAGCAGCCAAGACUCUGGGAGGUAUUUUGCGAUUCAAGAGAGAAGAAAGAGAAUGGGAACAUGUGAGAGAUAGUGAGAUUUGGAAGUUGCCUCAAGAUGAAAGUUCUAUUCUGCCUGCCCUGCAACUUAGUUACCAUCACCUUCCACUUGAUUUGAGACAAUGCUUUACAUAUUGUGCAGUAUUCCCAAAGGAUACCGAAAUGGAAAAGGAAAAUCUAAUCUCUCUCUGGAUGGCACAUGGUUUCCUUUUAUCGAAAGGAAACUUGGAGCUAGAGUAUGUAGGUAAUGAAGUAUGGAAUGAAUUAUACUUGAGAUCUUUCUUCCAAGAGAUUGAAGUUAAAUCUAGCAAUACUUAUUUCAAGAUGCAUGAUCUCAUUCAUGAUUUGGCGACAUCUCUGUUUUCGGCAAGCACAUCAAGCAGCAAUAUCCGCCAAGUAAGUGUAAAAUAUUACCCAUAUAUGAUGUCCAUUGGUUUAGCUGAAAUCGUGUCUCCUUACUCUCCUCCUCUCUUGCAAAAUUUUGUCUCGUUGAGGGUACUUAAUCUAAGUUACACAGAACUUGAGCUGGAGCAGCUACCGUCUUCCAUUGGAGAUCUAGUACAUUUAAGAUACCUAAACUUGUCUAGCAAUCUUAGAAUUCGUAGUCUUCCAAAGCAGUUAUGCAAGCUUCAAAAUCUGCAGACUCUUGAUUUACAUGACUGCUGGUCACUUUCUUGUUUGCCAAAACAAACAAGUACACUUGGUAGUCUCCGAAAUCUUUUAUUUGAUGGUUGUCCAUUGACUUGUAUGCCACCAAGGAUAGGAUCUUUGACAUGCCUUAAGACUCUAAGUUACUUUGUUGUGGGAAGGAAGAAAAGUUAUCAACUUGGUGAACUACGAAACCUGGAUCUCCAUGGCUCAAUUUCAAUCACAAACCUUGAGAGAGUGAAGAAGCAUACAGAGGCAAAAGAGGCCAACUUAUCUGCAAAAGCAAAUCUGCACUCUUUAACAAUCAUUGGCUUCAGAGGAUUCCGUCUCCCAGACUGGAUGAAUCACUCAGUUUUGAAAAGAGUCGUUUCUAUUAGAAUUGAAGGUUGCGAAAACUGCUCAUGCUUACCACCCUUUGGUGAUUUGCCUUGUCUAGAAAGUCUAGUGUUAGCAAAUGGGUCUGGGGAGGUGGAGUAUCUUGAAGAGGAUGACGUUUCCACAAGAAGAUGGUUUCCAUCCCUGAGAAAACUUAGUAUAUGGGACUUCUGUAAUCUGAAAGGAUUGCUCAAAAAGGGAGGAGAAGAGCAAUUCCCUGUGCUUGAAGAGAUUGAACUCCAUAUCCAAUCUUUGCGCUCUUACUCUCCUCCACAUUAG